AUGGAUAAUAUAUCGGAUCAUUUUAACGAGAAUAGCAGCGAAAAGGUCAGUUUAGUGGAAAAUUCUGUAACGACAGAAAUUCCACUGCAAAUUGCUGAUCAUCGUGCUGAAGCUGGAGUUGCGUUACGAGCAACACAAGAUGAUGAUUUCCAUGAAGGCGUUUCAUUACUUUUAUCCAUGGAUGAUACUAGCAAAGAUGAGGAAACAUCUUCAGCGAAUGGUGAUACAGUUAAACCAAGCAUGGGGCAUACAAAUUUGGAGCUUUUCGAGGAUACAGCGGCCGAGCUGUUCUCUCAAUACUUGAAGGUUUUUACGCAACCUCAGGCACUUGAAAGAUCUGUAAAAUCAGCAAAUUUGGGUACAUUAUUUGGUGUAUAUUUGCCAACAGUUCAGCAUAUCUUGGGUGUAACCAUGUUCAUACGUCUUUUCUGGAUUGUUGGAAUUGCUGGUAUAUCACAAGCAUCUCUACUUCUUACACUGUGUUGUUUAACUACUUUUAUCACCAGCAUCAGUUUAUCAGCAAUAGCUACAAAUGGAGAAAUCAAAAGUGGUGGAGCCUAUUACAUGUUGUCGCGAAAUCUUGGAACGGAAUUUGGUACAGCCAUAGGCAUACUCUUCUACCUUGGAAAUGCAGUUGCUGCAUCUAUGUAUCUGGUCGGUGGAGUUGAAAUUUUAUUGUUUUAUAUAUAUCCUGAUCUUACAAUUGGCGGCAGAGAAGUACAAUCACAAACAGACAUGUUUGGUAUGAUGUCACAUAACUUUCGAAUAUAUGCUACAUUAUUACUAUUGCUUGAAUUUGUUGUUGUAGCAAUGGGUGUACGAUUUGUGCAGCUUUUUGCGCCGAUCUCACUUUUAUGUGUUAUUUUAUCAAUAUUAUCCUGUUUCGCUGGUGGAAUCGAAAAAUCAGUCAGUCCAGAGAGUGGACAAAGGGUAUGUAAAAUUGGCGACCAUUUAUUGCAAGCACAAGUAUUCAUGCCGCAAAAUAUCUCAAUUAUUCACAUUUGCAGAUAUUGCAAUGAAAGAUAUAUAAGUAGGAGUGUUACGGAAUAUUGCAGCAAUGGAACAUGUUUCUUGCCCAUUAGAUGUGUGAAUGGUUAUCCCGGUUUUACAGGAGGUGUUCUAAAAGAAAAUUUGAAAGCAACUCAUUAUAUGAAAGCUGAUGAAUACAAGCCCGAAAAGGCAGCAAAUAUUCGUGUAGAAGUGUACCAAGAUGUGAAAACUACAUUCUUCGUAUUACUGGCUAUUUAUUUUCCGGCAGUUACUGGGAUUUUAACAGGAGCUAACAUGAGCGGUGAUCUCAAAAAUGCCCAAAAAUCAAUACCAUCAGGUACAUUGGGAGCGCAGUUGACCACUUCAUUCAUCUACUUUGCACUUGCUUUUACCUUUGGUGCAUCAAUCGACGGAGAUGUCUUACGGGAUAAGUAUGGAGCGUCGAUGGCAGGUAGUAUGGUUGUAGCGAAUUUGGCAUGGCCAAGCCACUGGAUAUUGUUAAUUGGCUCGUUUACUUCGACAUUUGGAGCUGCUCUUCAGUGUUUGUGCAGCGCACCUCGUUUACUUCAAUGCAUAGCACAAGAUGAAGUGGUACCAGAAUUGAAGAGUUUCAGGAAACUGACAAAAAGAAAUGAGCCUUUCCACGGGUUAUUGGUAACAACACUGAUUGCUGAAUUAGCAAUACUUCUUGGUGCAAUGGAUCAUAUUGCUGCUGUCGUUGAUUUCUUCUUCUUGAUGUGUUAUGCGUUUAUUAAUGUUAUCUGUGCAAUGCAUUCUAUUGUCAAGGCACCUAACUGGAGACCACGUUAUAAAUAUUAUCACUGGUCAGUCGCUCUGCUUGGCGCUUUUCUAUGCUUUUUCAUCAUGUUCACGACGCAUUGGGACUAUGCAAUCGUUUCAUGCCUCCUUUGUUUUUCGCUUUAUAAAUAUACGGAAUACAGAGGGGCAAACAAAGAGUGGGGCAAUGGAAUGCGGGCUGUAUCAAUUUCAACCGCACAGAAGGCUUUGUUAACGAUUGAUGAUAGCGAAGCGUCACAUGCAAAAGAUUUCAGGCCGCAGUUGCUUCUUCUUUUUGCACUUAAGUGGCAGGAUGAUCAAACUGACUUACGUCACAAGCGAUUGCUUCAUUUGGCAUCGCAGCUGAAAGCGAGCCAAGGAUUGUGCGUGGUCGUCGCAUUCCUCCGUGGUAAUCCUUUUGAUGAGGAUGAUCAAAAUAACGCCAAUGAGAUACGAAGGCGAUUAAAAGGAUAUAUGAAAGAAGCAAAACUUCGUGGGUUUGCGAAAACUCUUGUGUAUGGCGAAUCUCAGAUCUGUGGGAGUAUUUCGACAGUUAUCCAAAGUACUGGAGUUGGUGCUCUUUGUCCGAAUACGCUGCUAUUGAAAUGGCCGAAAUAUGGCUCAAAUUGGCUAUCUGAACCAUCCGAUUCAGAAUAUUCAACAUUUGUGGACAAAUUACAUGCUGGAUAUGUCAUGAAAAUGUGUCUUCUUGUGGCCAAAGAUAUAUCACAUUUUCCCUACAUAAAUGAACCGGUAAAGGAUGGUUAUGUCGACGCAUAUUGGAUAAUUCGUGAUCGAGGCUUUCUUGGGUUAAUUGCCCAUUUGUUAUUGAAUCAUAAGGUUUGGCGUGGAUGUCAAUUGCGCGUCAUUGGUAUUGCUCGUGAUAAUGAAGAAAAGGAAGAAAUGACUGACAGAAUUAAUUUCUAUUUGAAAGCAAUGCGCAUUGACGCUACUGUGCAGGUGAACGUACUAAGCGAUCCUAAUAUAUCACGAGCUGACUUUGAACGAACAUUAAUGAUGGAAGAAAGAAGUCAGAUGGCACGCGAAGCGAGAAAGUUUGCGGCAACAGAAAAAAAUAAUGAACUAUUGAAGGAGCCCGGUGACAAGGCACCAAAGAAUAUCGAUAACAUUGAGCCCCUGAAAAAAAAUCGUUUUUGCGUUGAAAAACAUUCUGGCGAUAUCGCAGUCGAUGUUGAAGAGAAUGAUCAUCGUAAAACAAACAAAGAUCCCAUUACCAGCGACGUCAAUUUGGAUUUAAAUGUAAUGGAAAAUCGAAAUACUGAAACAUUUUCGACAGAUACAGAAUUAGGGGGGAAAAUUGUGAAGAAACUGCGAAUACGUGAUGAGGAUAUCAAAUAUGAUAGCGAAAGAAUAAAGCGUUUGCAGAAUCUAGACAGGCGAAAAGUUCACAAAAUGCACACAGCUAUUCGUCUGAAUGCUUUAUUCAGGAAUACGUCCGAAAAAAGCCAACUGAUACUGCUUAAUCUUCCGAAGCCUCCCGAAGUGAAAGAAGGUUUCACAGAUUAUUUGCAUUAUUUAGACGAGCUUACAGCAGGCCUACCACGAGUUCUUUUUGUACGUGGAGCUGGAACAGAAACUCUCACUUCAACUGCUUGA